AUGCGUACUACCACCUUCUUCGUUCUCUUUCUACUUUCUGCCUUCACCUCGUACCUUCCUUCAAGCACCGCUUUCGAUGUACUAGACAUUAACGGUGACUCUGUUCCCUAUUUUUCUGACGAUUACUUUCUUAUUGCACACGAGCUAAGUAUAAACGGCGGGGGUGGUCUAGACAUUACCCGUACAGGAAACGAAACCUGUCCUUUAUCUGUUAUUCAAAAUACAAAUUCUUCUGAUUAUGGUACACCGAUAAAAUUUAGAGUAGAUCCGUCAGAUUUUCCUGCUCCCGGAGUAUUCAACUAUGUAAAUAUUCAGCUUUCUUCUGAUCUUAAGUGUAGUGGCGCCGCUCCUUCUGACUGGACUGCCUUGUGGGAUGAUGAGAAAGAGAAACUCUAUGUUAAAAUUAAAGGGUACGACAACACUGUAUCGGGUUCAUUUCAAAUUCGGCGCGCUCUUUCUUUGGGCUACAACCUCUUGUUCUGUCCCUCGGGCCCUCGUCCUCGUAAAUGUACCUACCUUGCGGUUGAAGUCGAUGAUGGAGAAAACAGGCGUUUGGUGGUGACUGAGAGUUACGAGAAUCGCUUGGUCGUUAAAUUUAAGAAAUUGGAAGAAGCCCCUGAAAAGUCACGUGCUUAUGACUAA